AUCCGAGCGGACCCACCGAAACCGCCGAACUCGUAUACUCCGCCGCCGGAUGUGUUCCCUGACGACAUAAAAGACACUUGGCCCCGGGAAGACUACAGCUCACUCGAUUGAACUUGAUCCCAUAGACCCUAGAACCAGGCGAAGAGUCGAGCAAGCGCGGAUAUGACGACUAUCCCAGCUACAAUGCGGUCUCUGAUCGCGCCGAAGAAGUGCUCUCCAGUUGACUACGACGUCGUGGACAUGCCGACGCCAAUGAUCAAGAGACCGGAAGAGGUGUUAUUGAGAAUGCGGGCGGCUACUAUAAAUACGGGCGACACGCAGCUUGCCAAGGGAAUGAUGGAUAUGCUGCGGAAGCAAGAAUACCCACUGAAACUCGCUAUCGAAGGCUCUGGUGUUGUAGUCGCAGUUGGGUCUGCUGUCAAGAACCUCAGGGUCGGCGACGAGGUCUACGGCUUCAACAUGGAUAAGCCAGUACCGCCUAACCCGCAAGCGGGCUUCGCGUCUGAGUACGCCAUCGCCUCGGAGCGGUUCCUAAUCCAUAAGCCGGCUCACCUGUCGUUCGAAGAAGCGGCGUCAUUCACGGGGCUUGUCAUCACGGCGCUGCAGGCCAUCCGGCGCGGGCUGCAGCUGCGGGGCGAGGAGAGUCUUGAAGGCCAAACUGUGUAUAUCCCGGGAGCCCUGAGCGCGUCGGGGUCGUUGGCGGUGCAGGUGGCGCGGACUGUGUUUGGUGCGGACAAGGUCAUCUCGACCGUAUCAACGCCAAAGAUGACGCUCGUGGAGCAGUACUUGCCGGGCAUGAUCGACCAGCUUGUUGACUACCAGAAGGAGGACGUGUGCAAGGUUGUCGGCAAGGGAACGGUGGACUUUGCGCUGAGUACGCAAUGGGGAACAUUCGACGAGAGCGUCGCCCUACUAAAGCCCGAAAGCGGCACGUUGGUCAGCAUCGCGAGCAUCCCGACCAAGGAGACAGCGCGGGGGCUGCUGGGCGACCAGAUGCCGUCGUGGGUGGGCUGGCUGUUAGACGUGUCGCAGCUGUGGUACCGGUGGAAGCUCCGUGGCACGGCCAUCAGGUAUGAAUUCGUGUCUGGGAGUCCGAACAUCCGGGAGGACAUGGAGGCCGCGGGGGAGAUAUUGGCACUGGGAAAGAUCAAGGCGGUGAUGACGGUGGUUGAGUUGGAGGAUGUAGAUGAGGUGCGCAAGGCGUGUGAGAGGGUCGCGACGGGGAAGGGAGGGUUGGGCAAGUUGGUGAUUCGGAUUGCGAAGGAGUAAUUUGGGGAGUAAUGUGAG